AUGGGAGAUACUAGCAUAGCCAAUGGCCAUGAAAAUGGCAAGAAACAAAUCUUGAUUAAUGCAUUUGACAUGUCAACGGUUGGUCAUUUAUCUACAGGCCAGUGGAAGAAUCCAAAGGAUAAAUCGGCAACCAAGCGCAAGCUCGAUUACUGGAUUGACCUGGCAAAACUGCUUGAAAGUGGUGGUAUCAAUGCUCUGUUCCUUGCAGACACAACUGGAGGUUAUGAUACAUAUGAGGGUAAGCUGGACGAGUGUAUUCGCCGUGCUGCGCAAUGGCCAGUGACAGACCCAACAAUUCCCAUCUCUGCAAUGGCAGCUGUGACCAAAAACCUCGCCUUCGGAAUCACGGCCUCAACUUCAUUUGAGCAGCCGUUCUUACUCGCGAAGCGCUUUUCCACUUUAGAUCAUCUCACUAAUGGUCGAGUGGGUUGGAACAUUGUCACUUCGUACAAGAAAUUGGCUUUCAAGGCUAUUGGUCUCGAUACCCCAAUUGAGCAUGAUGAGCGGUAUCUGCAAGCUGAUGAGUACCUCCGGGUGCUUUACAAACUUUGGGAGGGUUCCUGGGCACCCGAUGCACUUUCUCCCGACCCAGAAAACGACUCAUAUGUAAACCCUGAUAAGGUCCGCUACAUCAAUCAUCAAGGAAAAUAUUUUUCUUUGAAUACACCGCACAUUGUCGAUCCAUCUCCACAGCGAACACCGUUCCUUUUCCAAGCAGGCACGUCGCCAGCCGGAUCGGCCUUUGCAUCCACCCAUGCCGAAGCCAUCUUCGUCUCAUCCCAUUCACCAGAGGUCCUGCGACCUAAGAUCGACAGGAUUCGAAAACAAGCUGCAGAGUUAGGUCGUGACCCUCAAUCAAUCAAGUUCUUCGCCACAUUCACACCCAUAGUGGGAAGAACGGACGAAGAAGCCCAGGCCAAGUACAAGGAGUUGCAAAAGUACGCCUCGGUGGUCGGUGGACUGGUGCUGUUCAGUGGCUGGACAGGUAUUGACAUCUCAGGUAUCCCCCUAGAUCAGGAGAUUACUGCGGCAGACUCCCUAGCAGCCGGCAGGAUCACCAGCCAACUUGAUUCCUUGCUCAAGACUAGCGAGUACAUUCCUCGCUGGACACCUAGAGUCAUUUCUGAAAAGGCUGCCAUUGGUGGUCUUGGCCCUGUAGCCAUUGGAAGUCCUACCACUGUUGUGGACGAGAUGGAGCGAUGGGUUCGUGAGGCAGACCUUGACGGUUUCAAUAUUGCCCAUGCUACCACUCCAGGUACCUUUGAGGAUCUGAUUGAACUGGUCAUUCCGGAGCUGAGAAAACGUGGUCUCUACCCCGAGCUGCCAGCUUCUUCUGACGAGCCACUCACUGCCCGUGAAAAGAUUUUUGGGAAGGGACAGAAAGAGCUUCGAGCUGACCACCCAGGCAGCCGGUACAAGUAUGAUGUGUAUCAGGAGGACCCACCAUUUGUCAAAGAGACUGAAAAGAAAGCUUUGUGA